GACGUUGAUUUUUGACACUGAUGUUAACUUUUUCACAUCAAUUUUGGGUUAUAAAUACAAAAGUUUGAGAGUCAUGAGAUGGAAACAAAUCAAUUUGAUCACUUCUUCUUUCUUCUUCUUCUCUAGUUAGCUCAUCACCACUUGACCACUUCACUGGUAAUUAAAGAAAGGGAAAGAAGAAAUGGCGAUGAAGAAAGUUGCUAAUUCUGUUGCUGCAAGAAUUUUGAACCCAUCUCCUCCUUCUCUUCUUCUUCACAGAUACCUUCAUGCUGGUCCUGGGAGCAAAAAAAUUGUUGGGGUGUUCUAUAAAGCCAAUGAGUAUGCCUCUAUGAAUCCAAACUUUCUAGGUUGUGCCGAAAACGGUUUGGGGAUCAGAGAUUGGCUUGAAUCGAAAGGUCAUCAGUAUAUUGUCACUGAUGACAAAGAAGGCCCAAACUCUGAACUUGAGAAGCACAUGCCUGAUCUCCAUGUGUUAAUAUCGACCCCUUUCCAUCCCGCUUAUGUUACGGCGGAGAGGAUUAAGAAGGCAAAAAAUUUAAAACUUCUUCUGACUGCUGGGAUUGGUUCAGAUCAUAUUGAUUUACAAGCGGCUGCCGAUGCCGGACUGACUGUUGCUGAGGUCACUGGAAGUAACGUGGUCUCCGUAGCUGAAGAUGAACUCAUGAGAAUAUUAAUUCUCGUUCGAAACUUCAUUCCUGGUUAUCAGCAGGUGGUUAAUGGAGACUGGAACGUCGCAGCAAUUGCCCACAGAGCAUACGAUCUCGAGGGCAAAACAGUAGGUACAGUUGGAGCAGGGAGAAUUGGCAAGCUAUUACUACAAAGGUUGAAGCCAUUCAACUGCAACCUCCUGUAUCAUGAUCGCCUAAAGAUGGAUGCAAAAUUAGAAUCUGAAAUUGGCGCGACGUUCGAGGAGGACAUGGAUGCUAUGCUUCCCAAAUGUGACAUAAUUGUCAUCAAUAUGCCUCUGACAGAGAAAACAAAAGGAAUGUUUGACAAAGAAAGAAUUGCAAAGCUGAAGAAGGGAGUUCUAAUUGUGAACAAUGCUCGCGGAGCUAUCAUGGAUGCUCAAGCAGUUGCUGAUGCUUGCUCUAGUGGACACAUUGCUGGUUAUAGUGGGGAUGUAUGGUACCCACAGCCAGCCCCAAAGGAUCAUCCAUGGAGAUACAUGCCUAACCAGGCAAUGACUCCUCAUAUAUCCGGUACCACCAUUGACGCACAGUUGCGUUAUGCUGCUGGAACCAAAGAUAUGUUGGACAGAUACUUCCGAGGGGAGGAGUUCCCCGCGGCAAACUAUAUCGUCAAGGAGGGGAAAUUAGCUAGCCAAUAUCUCUAGAAGUUGAAUGUUUGCUUGUAAUCAGCAUUUUAAAAUCCUGUGCUUGUAUUUUAUCUGAGUGUUAAUAACUGGAUUCAUAACUUGGUUUCGAUCAAUCUGUAAGGUCAAAAUUGAGAUUUAUGUCCAAUAGUCGUUUGUUCAAGAAAAAUGUUAUAAGAACCGUCAAUUCACCUCAA